CUUGGUAAACCCAUCUUCUAUCUCAUAGUAUUUAAGAAGUUGGUAGUAGUAUGCCAACACUACACAGCAACUCCCCCACCAACGGUCGUGCUCGAAAUCACCAAACGCCAUCGGAGCAUUGAUUCGGGUCGAUGCAGGGGAUCUGACUGAUCCGUUGCUGCGCGCGAGCGCCAACAAACACCUGCAGCAGUAGUGGCCGACAUUACCAGGCGCAACCUGGCAGUCUCCCUCGACACUUCACCCUCUCCCGCCUUCCUCUCCAUUCCAAGUUUCACACUGACUGCCUCUCUCCCGCUGCGCCAUCCACCAACAUGAAGAUCCUCUGUCUACACGGCAAAGGCACCAGCGGUGCAAUCUUCAAGUCCCAGACAGCGGCCCUCCGCGCCCGACUCACCGACCUCCCCAUCGAAUGGGACUUCCUCGACGGCUUCCACCCCAGCGACCCCGCCGCAGGCAUCGACCUCUUCUACGCCCCCCCCUACUACGCCUGGUACCGCGACGACACCCCCACCGAGAUCGAAACCUGCCGCCAGCACCUCCACGACCACAUCAGCACCCACGGCCCCUACGCCGCCGUCAUGAGCUUCUCGCAGGGCGCCGCCGUCGCCUGCGCCUACGCCCUCCUCCACCUCGCCCAACACCCCCCCGCACCCCUCCCCUUCCACGCCGCGAUUUUUAUCUGUGCGGGCGCCCCGCUCGCUAUCAUGCAGCAGGUCGGGUACGAGAUUGCGCCGCAGGUGUGGGAGCAGGAUCGGGUCUCCCGACAAGCGCUGGCGGCGCAGGCGGACGCCGCGGCGAUUCUGUUGAAGGGGUCGCAGCGGUGGAGUGCGGGGGUGGGGGUGGCGGUAGAGGAGGAGGAACAGGCGAUCCGGAAGGCGAUUGUGCCGCCCGCACAGAAGGUCAAGAUUGGAGUGCCGACGGUGCAUGUGUAUGGGAAUCGGGAUCCGAGGUUUGCGGCCGGGAUUCAGUUGUCGCAGGCUUGUGAGGAGGGCUCAAGAAAAAUGUUCGAUCAUGGUGGGGGGCAUGAAAUUCCGCGCACGGAGAGGGUUACGAGUGGGAUUGCGGGGUUGGUGCGGUGGGCGUUGAAGGAGGGGGGUGUAGUAUAG